AUGAAGUCUUCCGUUGUCCUUCUUUCCGCCUUCACGGCUCUGGCCGCUGCCCUCCCGACCCCCGACCUUGCCCGCCGUGCGCCUCCAAACGUCCCCUCGACGUCUUCGGCCAAAUCUUUGCUGGCAGGUCUGACCGUGGCCGCACAAGGCCCUCAGGAUGGCUACUCGCGCGAUUUGUUCCCUCACUGGAUCACCCAGAGUGGCUCUUGCAACACCCGCGAGACAGUCCUCAAGCGCGAUGGAACCAACGUUGUGACCAAUGAUGCCUGUGCUUCGACUUCGGGUUCAUGGUUUAGUCCCUACGAUGGAGCUACCUGGUCUGCUGCCUCGGACGUAGACAUUGACCACAUGGUGCCGCUCAGCAACGCCUGGAAGUCCGGUGCAGCUUCGUGGACUACCGCCCGUCGCCAGCAAUUUGCGAAUGAUUUGACGAAUCCUCAAUUGCUGGCAGUCACUGACAAUGUGAACCAAGCCAAGGGAGACAAAGGACCCGAAGAUUGGAAGCCCCCGCUGACCAGCUACUACUGCACGUACGCUAAGAUGUGGGUCAAGGUGAAGAGCGUGUGGGCUUUGACCAUAACAAGUGCGGAGAAAACUGCUCUGACCAGCAUGUUGAACACUUGCUGAUGAGCCCACUGGAGAAGGUGCUUGCUUGCUUGCUGGCGGAUAUCCAUGUAUAUAAGAAGACACGAAGAAAUGAAAUCAAGUCCAUUCUUGCAUCACUAUACCAAAUCAUCAUUUCACGAGCUUGCCGCUCCCAAAGUGCCACCGUCUAACCUCUACCAUGUGGUAAGACUAGCAAAUAAAGUAUAUAUUAUGUAGGGUGACAAGAUUUGAGAUCUGCAUGGGAAUAUAGUUAUGUUCAGUCUAGCUAAGUUUCAUCUCGCCUACUGCCGUCAGCUAUACUUUGGCUUACAAUGCGGAACAUUCUGUCACAUGAUGCGUAAUGGACUCGGAGCUUGUGGGUCAUUCAUCGGGAUUAGUACGCCAAUUUUGGCAUUCAUCUUCGGCUGAGUCUUUGGAAAAUUCACCAUGUUCUUUUUUACCUUACGAAAGUGUGCCUUCACGUCCUCGAGUCCGGCCACAGAUAUGACCUCAUGAAGCAUGAGCUGCGAAGCGUCUUGCUCCUGUUCGUCUCAAUGAAGUCCCAAUUGCUGACAAUAUUUCAUAAAACCAUCGUCUUCUGUAUAGAGCUUGAACUCCUG